UCAAGAAAACAAAUUACUUUCGUUACCAAAUGGAAUGUUUCGUUUUCUUUCAGAACUYCGUUAUUUGAAUCUGAGUCAAAAUAGAAUUAGCAGCGUAAAUCAGCACACGUUUCAAGGUCUCAAGGCUUUAAGAAAUCUAGAUCUUCGAGGAAACAAGCUGUCAAAGGUAACACAAGAUGCAUUUGCUGAACUGACCGAACUGGAAGAUUUAAAAUUAGAUGCUUUCAUUUAUUGCUGUUAUGCCAAAAAGGCCAUACCAGGAAUAAAGUGCGUAUCAACCCAUUCAAACGAGUUCUCAAGCUGCGAUGAUUUAAUGAAGAACCAAGUCCUACGAGUGUUUAUCUGGAUUCUUGGUAUUUUCGCUGUGUUUGGUAACAUGCUGGUCAUCAUAAGAAGAACUGGCUUUGGUUUUUACGGAAGAUCUUCAGUCUGUUUACCARUGCAGCUUUCUCCUGACAGACUCGCAGGAUGGGAAUAUGGCGCAGGACUUUUCCUGGGAAUGCCGUUCAUCGCCUUUAUGUUCAUGCUUAUUGCAUACAUUGUAAUAUUUUAUCGUGUCAGUAUAUCAUCCAAUAAAAUUCGCUCCACUGCAGUUAACAGGGAGUCAGCUCUUGCCAAGAAACUGAUCUUCAUAAUUUUGACUGAUUUUCUGUGUUGGAUGCCAGUUAUCAUAAUUGGUACUUUGGCUCUCACAAGAAUCUUCUACGAUCCGACCAAACAAGUCUACGUGUGGAUUGCAAUAUUCGUUCUGCCAAUCAAUUCGUCCAUCAACCCAUUCUUGUAUACCUUUUCAAAUUUGAGAAGAUCAACCUCCACAGACAGCAAAAUAAAAGCAUUCCGCCUUAGUCUCUUUGGAACCAAUAAUAGUAAUCAUGGCGUGAAAGAUUGCACCGUGACUGAGACGUUUUACUCUGUUGACGAUUCUCCACGGCAGGGAUCGAGGACAAAAAUUCAGAAGCCAAACACYGAGGAAUCUAUUUAUCUAUUCCAAAUACUGGAGGAGUUGAAGAUUCAAAAAUACCAUAGCGGAGUGGUGAGAAGAAAACCUUUUCACCAGCUGGUCAAUUACUGCUUGCAAUUAUCGCGUUUUGCGUUUUUUUUGUUUUCGUUGAUCAGUGGAUACGUUCUUGCKGARGUUGAAAAUCSUGGAACGCGCGAGCGCUGUMUUCUUAAAUAUUUUGACGAGGAUAUGGAAGAUGCCUGGGAGAAAGAGCUUUGGAUUCUGUCUUUGCUGAAGCAGGCCGAAAAUACCGAAGUCGCUGGAGCUAGCUUGGCGAGAUACAAGUGGCAUUGCACUGCAAAGCAACAUUCAGCUACAGGAAUUGUCCCACAAGAGCUUCAGGAAAUUAAGAAUUCAGCGUUGAUUUGCUUUGAUUACGUUCCUAACAAAUGCCUUUAUGAUUACCUGGAAAACAAGGAACCGCUGACAUUUAGGAUCGUAUGCUCCUUGUGUAUUGAUAUCAUAUCAACCAUUGAAUACCUACAAACGUGUGGAAUAAGUAAUAACAACAUUAACUCACGAGCAAUCGUUGUACGUCGAAAGGGAUCACAGGAUUCUCCUGUGAAGGCUGUUAUUGUGGAUUUCUCAAGAGCAAUGAAACUACAAAAAUAUGAAGACGGCUCAUACGCAAAAGCUGAUAUUUUGCAGUUCAGGUUUUUGUUUAGAGUUUUGCUGAGGAACUGUCCCGAAGACUGUAGUCAUUACCAACAGAUUGAUGACAUUCUUUCUCUUUGCAAAUAUGAAAGAAAGGUGGAUACUGCUGAAUCGAUAAAGUAUUGUCUGACGAGUGCACUGAUGGAAAUAGACGAAGCUUUAAACACAAAGCUUUAAACAAAUCGUUCAUAAGUGUGUUCUCAUAUAUAAAAAUGUAACCGCAUUAAUUUAAUAUUUUAUCAAUAAUGAACGUAGAACACUGAACAGGAAAAUGCUUAUUAGUACGGUCACAUUAGAGCGGAUUUCGUAUGAGUGGGACACCAU